AUGACGCUUUCUAAGGGUUCUCAUAAAGAACACCGUACAAAGGAAGGAAGAAAGCGUUAUGCAGAAGAUAGUUCAGAUGACAGCCAAAAUGAUAGAGAUUCAAAAGAGAAGAGGAAACGGCUUGAGUCUUACUCAUCAUCUAAGAAAGAAAAACGGAAAGAUGAGAGAGACAAUCAGCAGGACUGGGGCAGUUCCUCUUGGUCAUCUCGGGACCAAGACUCAAGCAGAAUAAGCAGGGAGCAAGAGUCAGCCAAUGAGAGUAAAGAAAAGACCUAUAAAGGUCUUGUGGAUUAUGCUGAGAGUGACAAAGAGGUGAAGCCUGAGGAACGAAAGACCAAGAAGAAGAAGAAAAAGAAACAUUCAAGCAAACGGCUGGAUCAGGACUCCUGUGACACUGAUGAAGACUUGAACACUGAAAGGCAUCGUCAAAGAAAUUCAAGUUCCAAAAAGAAGAAAAGCAGUCGUCAUUCUAACCGGGGUUUGGCUAGGGAAGAACGACUGUCCUCUGUUCCUGAUUCUGAUGCUGAAAGGAAAGAUGAGAGGAAAAGCAAAAGCAAGGAAUCCUCACACCAGAAGCGUCGCCGGGAAAAGGAUGAGUCUGGAAGUGACCAACGCAAGAAAAAGAGAGAUGAUGUCCAUGAGUCUGAGAAAAAGAAGGAAAGUGUUGAAGAAGGCAGGAGAAAGGAUAGGCAAGAAGAGAGAAGGAAAGAAGAUAAAGUCCAUAUUAAACAGGGAAGCUCUGUAGAAAACCAAAGUGGAUCAGAUGAAUAUCAUGGUCCAAGAAACCAAGACAACAGUGACAUAUUACAUAAAGAGAACAGUCCACAGAAUAGAGCUGUUACUCCUGAUGGUGCCAAGUCGUCUUCAGAACUUGAUAAUGAUGAGGAUGCAAAUGAUGAUGCCAUGAGUAACACUAACAGGCUGCAUCGGCAGCAUGAUGGCUCUGAAAAGAAUCCUGGCAGAUCACCAUUAGCAGAAUCUCCUUCAGAAAGACAAAAAAGCAAAGAUAAGACUGAGGGUAAUUCUCCCUCAUCCGUCCCCCAAAGGUACGAGACAAUUCUGAGAAAACAUCAAGAUGGCAGGCAAAUUCUUUUGAGAAAAGUUCAAUGGAAAGUGCUGAUAGAGUAA